AAGUAGAAUUUCGAGAGUGACAACCUAAUUUUCCUAAACACAUAACCAUUGUUAGUUGCUCAGUUUUCUACUCAAUUUAAUAACAUCAAUUGUUUUGCUUACUACAGUUAGUGUGCUUGUUAUUUGCCUCCCACAGUUAGUGUGUUAUUUUGCCUACCACACUUAGUGUGCUCGUUAUUUUGCCUACCACACUUAGCGUGCUCGUUAUUUUGCCUACUACAGUUAAGCUGGACUUUCUACCUAGAAAAAUGUAUUUCUGGAUAUCAAGAUUUGUUAUCUUUUACUCAUCUCUGGUGUGUCCAUUGAAGGACAUUUACAGGCCACUCGCAUUGCUUUGGUCACUAACAUUUGAUUCUGCUAUUGGAUAACUUGGGAUAUAAUUCACAGGGUGAUAUGGACCGGUUUGUUGAUGACGCCCUAGAAGAUAAUGUAGACUCAUUCCUAUCUCAUGACGAACCAGAUUCUAGAGAUAGAGUUGGCAGGUCUACUGAUGACAGCAAAGGCUUCAAAUUUACGGAGGUUCGUCUGAUUUCUGCGAGCACAAGUGAAGUUGAAUGUUGUCACUUUUCAUCGGAUGGAAAGUUGUUUGCCACUGGUGGACAUGAUAAGAGAGCUGUUCUAUGGUGCACAGAGUCUUUUACUGUGAAGUCAACCCUUGAAGAGCAUUCUCAAUGGAUAACUGAUGUCCGCUUCAGUCCAAGUGUGUCAAGACUUGCUACAUCUUCAGCUGACAAAACUGUCAGGAUAUGGGAUGCUGAUAAUCCAGGAUAUUCCCUUCGUACUUUUGUUGGACAUUCUACAACAGUCAUGUCAUUAGAUUUCCACCCAACUAAAGAGGAUCUUAUCUUCUCAUGUGAUAGCAGCAGUGAGAUACGAUACUGGAGUAUCAAGAAUGGUACCUCUGCUGGAGUUUUCAAAGGUGGUGCAACCCAGUUGAGAUUUCAACCAUGUUUUGCAAGGAUUCUUGCAACUGCUGCUGAUAAUUUUGUAUCCAUAUUUGAUGUUGAAACCCAAAGUUGCAGGGCUAAAUUACAGGGUCAUAAAAACCAAGUCCAUUCUGUGUGCUGGGAUACUUCUGGAGAGUAUCUGGCAUCUGUAAGUGAUGAGUUGGUUAGAGUGUGGAAUAUUGGCUCUGGUAGCAAAGCAGACUGCAUUCAUGAAUUGAGUUGCCCUGGCAACAAAUUCCGUACCUGUAUUUUCCAUCCCACUUAUCCUUCCUUGUUGGUCAUCGGCUGUAAUGAGAAUCUAGAGUUUUGGAACAUUACUGAGAACAAGAGAAUGACAAUGCAUGCUCAUGAGAAACUUGUUUCUGCCUUGGCGGUAUCAAAUACUGGUUUGGUGGCCUCAGCUAGCCACGACAAGUGUGUCAAGAUAUGGAAGUGAGCUCUCGUCCUUCUCCUGUCUUUAGACCAUUUUGUCAACAGUAUAGCUUCUUCACUCACCAUAUAUAUCUACAUAUUCCAGACAUAUAUGGUUGAACAGACUCUUUUAACAGGGAGAGGGGUAUAAGAUUUUGUCCAUUCGGUUUUUACCCUAACCUAGUCUCACCCUCAGUUGACCCCAAGCCUUAAUUUAUUUCUUUUGUUGAAGCUGAUGUUCAGGCAAGAAGAAACACAAGUAGAUGAAUUCCAGUAGUACAUAUAGAAAAAUAUUGUGCAUAUAUUAUAUACAUUAGUUCUAGUAUUUCUAAAUGAACUUUAUGAGAAAUUUCUAUCUUCCUUUGAUGUUAUUACCAUGGUUCAUUUUCUUUACAUGUUCAUGUUGCUGUCGUGUAACCUUGGGUCAAGGCCUCGUUAAUCAAAAGAUUAUGGCUGC